GACACAACCCCUUCCUGCACUUCCUGUCUGUGUGUUCAGGCCUCCCAGCUUCUGCCUAUCUGUGCUCUCCUCCUGAGCUGCCCGCUCAGCUAACCCCAGUUUGUCAUCUUAAGUGCCACCUCUUCUUGGAAGAUUCUCCUGACAAGCCCACUCUCCUACCCAGGCUGUUGGGGGUUGGCCAGGGCCGGGGCCACAACAAGGCUGCCACAGCAGUGCCCCAAGGCGUGGGCUGGGUCUUUGUCACUAAAGCAGAGAAGCACCUCUCCCGGGCCCACGAGGCAGCUCUUCCAUGCUCUGCUGAGCACGGUGCCAUGCCUCUGCAACUCCUCUUGCUGCUAACCUUACUGGGCUCCAGCAGUAGCCUCCAGCUGCCAGCAAUCUGGAAGGAUGGAGCCAGGGAAGCUCCAGGCCUGCUGCUUGCCCGGGGCCGGAGAGAGGCAACCACGACUUGGGAAAUGGGCUUCAACAAUCAGGAUGACUAUGUCUACAUAGGCACAGACCCACCGGAAAUGCUUGACUAUAGCCCUAAGACUAUGACUAUGAGCACCAAGUCUCUGAUUUUGAUGGAGACAUUGGGGCAGAGAGGCCCUGUGGGGACUGGAACCCCUGAGCCAGCCACUGUGGAGCCUGUCACGAGAGACUUUGCUGUCCUGGGUGCAGGAGAGGCAGCAAGGGGGGAUAUGAGCAUACAACUGGCCACUGCAAUGCCUUCUAUCCCAAAGACUCCAGCCAUGAAGCUGACCACCACGGAAGCCCUGGCCAUGGGGCCCACAGCCACAGAAGCCCUGACCACAGAGCCUGUGGCCACAGAAGCCAAGACCACAGAAUCUGCUACCACAAGGGGUCCAACAACGUCCUUUCUUUUGUCCUCUGAUCCUCAAAGUAACACAACUGUGGCAGUCAACAAGCCACUUGAUGUCAAUAUCAAGCAAGGGGAGGUUGCAAGGGAACUGUACCCCAGGAGCUCCGUGGCCCCCACCUCCACAGGAAUCCCAGACCACAUCCCUGUGAAGCAGUGUCUGCUGGCCAUCCUCAUCCUGGCCCUGGUGGCCACCAUCUUCCUUGUGUGCACCGUGGUGCUGGCCGUCCGCCUCUCGCGCAAGAACCACAGGUACCCCGUGCGCAGCUACUCCCCCACCGAGAUGGUCUGCAUCUCGUCCCUGCUGCCGGACGGGGGUGGCGCCGAGGGGCCCACAGCUGCUGCGACCAAUGGGGGUCUGCCUAACGCCAAGAGCCAGGCCCAGAAGCCAGAGCGCCGGGAGGCACGCGACGGGGACGACCUCACCUUGCGCAGCUUCCUGCCUUAACCCUGAGCGGCCAGGAGCAGGACCUGGCCUGCCACAUCCCUCCUCCGCCCACUGAGCGCCACCCAGACCCCAGACUUCUCUUUUACAAGUCUGGCCUUCUCGAAGCCACCUGGGGCUGGGGACCUAAUGGGAAGGCAUGCUGGCAGCCCCAAGCGGGGCCCAUGAGCAGCCAGGCUCCUGCGGCCAAGUGAGACCUGGAAGCGAACCUCUCUAGCUCGGCUGCCUCAGCGCAGAGAAAGCCUUUCCACCUCCAUACCCCCUUGUCUGGGCCCCUCUAACACCUCCUACCAGCCUCUCUUUCCUCCUCCCCACGCACCCAGCAAAGACUCAAGAGGUCCCCCAACCCCACCACCAUUUUGUUUUUGGUUGCCAUGGUCACCAAACAGGAACUUUGCAUUUGGAAGAGGGGGUACGAAGGACUGACGGGUCCCUGAGCCCGUUUUCUGCUGCUCCCCCGAUUUGGGGCAGUUAGAUUUUCCUGGGCACUUCUCCAGGGAAUGCAGGGUGAGGUCUUGGCCUCUGAGGGUCAGGGUGGGCUAGAACUUUCUCUGGAUUGCUUAGACCAAUGAGCUAACACCUGGUGACAGAGUAACCCCGAUCCUGCCCUCUCUGGCCUUCCCUGUGGCCACAUUUCAGGAUGGGGGUCUGUCUUACUUAUUGAAGUAUCCCACUGCCCAACCCACAGCCUGGUACAGUGCAGGGACUCAAUAAAUAUCUGAUGAACCAUGAUGGCUGAAUCCUUCAAGGUAGCAAGCUGCCUCCUUCAAGCAGCCAUCCCUGAAUUCUCCAUUCCUCAGGGAAGAGUGGGGAGUUGAUCCUUGGCUGUUUGCCUCAGCCUCUCCACCUCAGGAGUUCCUCCAGACCUUUAGGCUGACUUCAGUCUUGACUUGUCAGCGAUGGGGGCACUUUGGGGGCUGGGAGUGGUCUCAGGCGGUGGGGAAGAGGUGGGGGGGCAGGGAGGAGAGGAAAGGCUGGUCCCUAGACCCUUUAUUCACCUUCUCCCAUGACCUAGUUCUGGCUUACAAAUUUCAGUGAAUAACCCUUUUAAACAUCAACACCCUCCUCCCCAGAAGCCCACCCUGACCCCUCUAUUUCAUUCCCCCCCCGACACCCAAUAGCCAUUUGUCACACUAGCGAGGGAUCUGCACCCAAAGCUCUUGCACAACUUGCAGGAACAAUGAACCAAUAACCAGUUGUCAUUUAGUCAACUCUGACUCACGGUGACCCCAUGUAUGUCAAAGAAUUGUGCUCCAUAGAGUCUUCAAUGACUGAUUUUUUGGAAGAUUGCCAGGCCUUUCUUUCGAGGUGCUUCUGGGUGGACUCGAACCAACCUUUUGUUUAGCAGCUGAGUGUAUUAAAUAGCUGUCAUUUAAAGUUUGAGAUUGUUGUUGUUAGGUGCCAUCGAGUCGGCUCCAACUCAUAGAGACUCCGUGCACGACAGAAUGAAACACUGCCGGGUCAUGCACCAUCCUCACAAUUGUUGCUAUGCUUGAGCCCUCAUUGAGGGUCUUCCUCUUUUUCGCUGACCCUCUACUUUACUAAGAAUGAUGUCCUUCUCCAGGGACUGAUUCCUCCUGACAACGUGUCCAAAGUAUGUAAGACGCAGUCUCACCAUCCUUGCUUCUAAGGGAGCAUUCUGGUUGCACUUCUUCCAAGACAGACUUGUUCAUUCUUUUGGCAGUCCGUGGUAUAUUCAAUAUUCCUUGCCAGCACCACAAUUCAAAGGUGUCAAUUCUUCUUCGAUCUUCCUUAUUCAUUGUCCAGCUUUUGCAUGCAAAGUUUGGGGUUGUUGUUGUUGUUAGGUGCCAUCGACUCGGUUCCGACUCAUAGCGACCCUGUGCACAACAGAAUGAAACACUGCCCGGUCCUGCGCCAUCCUUACAAUCGUUGUUAUGCUUGAGCUCAUUCUUGCAGCCCCUGUGUCAAUCCACCUCGUUGAGGGUCUUCCUCUUUUCCGCUGACCCUGUACUCUGCCAGGCAUGAUGUCCUUCUCCAGGGACUGAUCCCUCCUGGCAACAUGUCCAAAGUAUGAAAGACGCAGUCUCACCAUCCUUGCCUCUAAGGAGCAUUCUGGCCGCGCUUCUUCCAAGACAGAUUUAUUCGUUCUUUUGGCAGUCCAUGGUAUAUUCAAUAUUCUUCGCUAACACCACAAUUCAAAGGUGUCAACUCUUCUUCGGUCUUCCUUAUUCAUUGUAGUUUGGGCUUAGCAGCUUUUUUUCUUAAAGGGCCAGAUAGUAAAUGGUGUAAAUGGUUUGGGCUCAACUACUAACCUAAAAGUUGGCAGUUCGAACCCAUCCAGCGGCCCUGCAGAAGAAAGCCUUGACAACCUGCAUCUGUAAAGGUUACAGCCAAGGAAACUCUAUGGAGCCAUUCUACCCUGUAAAACAUGGCAUCACCAUGAGUCAGGACGGACUUGAUGGCAAGGGGUUUGGUGUUUUGGUUUUAUGGGCCACGUGGUCCCUGUUGCAACCACUCAGCUCUUGCGAUGUAGUGCAAGAGCCAAUGACAGUACAUAAAUGAAUGGGUGUGGCUGCGUUUCAAUAAAACUUUGAGGAGAAGCAUGCAGUGGGCCGGAUUAGCUCUAAUUGUUCAGAUUCCUGAUUUGAGCAUAGGGUGACCAGCUGUCUGGUUUGGCUAGAAUUUUCCCAGGUUUAGCACUGAAAGUCCCUCAUCCCAGUUAACUUAUCAGUGUAGGGCAAACCAGGAAGGCUGGCCAUUGGAUUUAAGUGACCCUUGCCACUUGCCCAAGAGUGCAUGCGUUACUUCACUCAAAAAGCACAUCGACCCUAUGAGGUGAGUGCCGCCAUGACUCCCGUUUGGCAGAACAGAAAACUGAGGCUUAGAGAGGCAAAGUAACGGGCCCACGGUCAGCAGCAGAGCUGGAAUUCAAACUCUUGAUUUUCUGUCUGCAGAUACCUUCUAGUCAUUUUUAUGCAAGAAAAAAGGAAGAAAACCUGUUGUCAUUGAGCUGAUUCUGACUCAUAGCGACACUAUAGGACAGAGUAGAACUGCCCCAUUGGGUUUCCAUGGCUGUCAUCUUUACAGAAGCAGACUGUCACAUUUUUCUCCCACCGAGUGACUGAUGGGUUUGAACGACCAACCUUUUGGUUAGCAGCUGAGUGCUUAACCACUGCACUACCAGGCUCCUUAGGAAACUGCUGCUUAAAAUGUUUAUUGUCCUGUUUUCUGGGAGAGGAAUAGAAUUCAUCUCGGGAGUUUUUUUUUCUUUCCCUUCUAGAAUAACACCUCCAGCGGCCUCUUUGGGAGUGAAAGGUGAGGACCCCACUCCAGGGUAUAACCUGCAAAGAGAGAGUUUGAAGAGAGGGCUGAGUCUGGGAGAAGAGGAGAGGAGAUCAGGAGAGAGGCCGCAGGUCAGGAGAGAGCAGCUGGGGGAGAAGAGGAGAGAUGUGGGGAAAAGGGUAGAACGUGGCAGGCAGCAGGGGCCUGAAGCGGGCAGAGCAGGUGAGGAAUGGGGAAAUAGCCGAAAAAUUUCUGGAAAUGGUGUUUAUGGGUCUUUGCUGGGGUGGCGGUUGGUGGGAGAAGGGUGUGCAGUUGUCCCCUGAGGGCUGGGGCAGCCAACCCUAGAGAAGGCAGGCUGAUGGGUUAGAAGGAACAUGAGUCACCUCCCCUUUGGGAGGGGACAGGAAAAUCAGAGAGGGGGAGCUGAAGGGCUCCACGGCACUGGGCUGGGGACCGAAAGGGUGAAGGACUUGGGAACACUGGAGAGGUUCCCCAGGGGUCUUGUCACCCUGUCCUUCUGUGCAGGGGGCAGUUCUCUUCCUUCUCUAAGGCUCCAGGAGUGUCCCCCAUUUAGGACGCUGUAUGACUGCACAGGCCUGGUUUUCCAAGUGUUUAGUCGGGGGAGGUCCCCUUUCCAGCUCUCUCGGGGUUCACAGUUCAAUUCAGCAUUGCUGAUAAUGACGGUUCAAGGAGCAAUCGUGGUGCAACUGUUAAGCAAUCGGCUGCUAACCGAAACGUUUGCCAUUUGAACCCACCCACCCGCUCCACGGGAGAAAGAGCUGGUGAUCUGCUCCAGUAACGAUUAAAAAAAAAUAACGAUUACAGCCUAGGAAAUCCCACGGGGCAGUUCUACUCCAUCACAUUGUGUCCCUGUGAAUCAGAGCUGACGCCACCGCACACAGGAAGGAUGAUGGGUUGAAGAAGCCACCAGGGGGUGCCCGGCCACCAGCUCUUGGAGCCAUCGGAAGCUUGGAGCUUCCCUCUGUCCAGUCUUUUGGAAUGAAGCAGGAGGGAUCCUUUCGCCCAGAAACCAGUUGCUGUCUGAGUCCGUGCGACUCACGGAGUCUUGUGUGUCAGAGCAGAACUGUGCUCUCUAAGGUUUUCAAUGGCUGAUUUCUCGGAAGUAAAUCACCAGGUCUUUCUUGCGGGGUACCUCUGGGUGGACUCGAACCUCCAGCCUUUUGGUUAGCAGCCACCCAGGAACAGCUCUAAACCCAGUGAGUAUUUAACAACUGGUUCCUGAUUUGUAGCAUUUGCCAAUUUCCUGCUGUAAACGCUCCCAUGGCUAAUUUUGAGCUACCAACGUGAUGUGGCGCCCUAUUAUACUGUAGAUGUAAAUAACUGCAAGAAAAAAAAAAAUAA